CCAUAAAGUCCACCUUUAGUUUCAAACAGCCGUGUGAUUCACUUCGCUUGGAAUAAUCUCUUCGAAAGCUGAAAAAAACCGCUGCAAAUUAGUUGAUACCUUGCAUUUAACAAACAAACCAAUCUCGUUGACCACUGGUGAUGUCACAGCUGCGCUCGAAAGUCAUUACCCUCUACAAGCACUUGCAGUAUUUGGGCCGCGAAUAUCCCGGCCUGAAUGGGCCGGAGAAGUUCAGGAAGCAGAUACACGAUGCCUUCAUGAACCACAAGGAUGAGCAGGAUCCCAAGAAGAUCGUGGCCCUGCUGGCCCAAGGACGCUAUCUGGCCAAGGAAGUGGAGGCCCUGUACUCCUUGAAGAAAUACAGGAGUGUAAAGCAGCGCUACAGCUACAAUGACUAAGCGGGCGGAACGAAAAGGAGGAGUGGCUGCGAUGCGGAAAUCGUUGCGAAAAUUCAAGGACUGAUGACCGGGGAGUGCGAAAGAGGGGAUCGUGAGAAUAUGAUACGUAUUGCCUUGCUUGUCGCACACAAAAAUACAACGUACAUUUAUACAUAUUGUUCGGCCAAAGCAAACUCAACCCAAGAAACACACGCAAAAAUCACACAAUAAUAAUUUCGAAUGUCUUGUCAAUGUCUAACUUAAAGUUUGUUAUUGAGACAGCAAAAAAAAAAAAAACGAAAAACGGACGUAUAUAAUAAACGAAGCAGUCAUUGAAUAAACCAAUCUAA